CCAGUAUAGACACACACGGCCGCUGCUACCUCUCGAACAGAAGUUCAGUGCUCACCUGUGGUAGGCUAGGACAGGUAACGUUAACGAAUGUCCAGGUAGUGACUAGCACACUCUCCACUGUCUUACUGGAUUUACUGUCUUCUCUUCCUCUUUGGAAUGAGUUUCUGGAGACGCAACAAGAAGAAUGACGACAAAAAGGAUCAACUCAAGACUGAAGAGUCACUGGACAGCCCCACGUCUCCAUCCCAGUCACCUAAUAUAGAGAAAGACGGGCUGGACUCUGUCAUCACUGAUUAUGGGUCGGAGAGAUCUGACCUGUCAGUGGCUCUUCAAGACUGCAUGGCGGCACUGGAUCUGUUCCUGCGAAAUGAAUUUGACGAGGCUUUGACCAGACUUAAGAGCAGGAAUAAAGACAGCAUGUAUCAUGCGCUCACGUAUGCCACUAUACUGGAAAUGCAGGCCAUGAUGACCUUCGACCUGGAGGACAUCUUGGCUGCAGGCAACACAAUGAAAGAGGCACAGGCUGUGUGUCAACGAUACCGUAAAAAGUCUACCUUCAACAGCAAAAACUUCACAGAAGAGGAGCUCCAUGCUGAAGUGUGCUAUGCUGAAUGCCUCCUCCAGAGGGCAGCACUCACUUUCCUGCAGGAUGAAAAUAUGAUCAGCUUCAUAAAGGGAGGAAUGAAAGUGAGAAACAGCUAUCAAAUAUACAAGGAGCUACAUACAGUCCUGAAAUCCGCAAGUUAUGUUCACGGUGACAAUCAUGGUCAUUUUGAGGGAGGCGUUAAGCUCGGGGUCGGGGCCUUUAACCUGAUGCUGUCAUUGUUGCCAACACGAACUCUCAGGUUGUUGGAAUUUGUGGGCUUCUCUGGUAACAAAGAGUUUGGUCUUCAGCAGCUCCAGGAGGGCUCUGCUGAGCAAACAUUUAGGUCUUUCCUUUGUAACAUGUUGUUGCUUUGCUACCACACCUUCAUGAGCUUCAUUUUGGGCACUGGAGAGGGAGAUGUGAAAGAUGCAGAAAAGCUGUUGCAGCCUUAUCUAAAAAAGUAUCCAAAGGGAUCCAUUUUCCUGUUCUUCGCUGGUCGAAUAGAGGAAAUUAAAGGAAAUCUCGAUGCUGCUAUCAAGCGUUUCGAGGAGUGUUGUGAAGCUCAGCAGGACUGGAAGCAGUUCCAUCACAUGUGUUACUGGGAACUGAUGUGGUGCUUCACCUAUAAAAGGCACUGGAAGAUGGCCUACUUCUACGCAGACCUGCUCAGCAAAGAGAAUUCCUGGUCUAAGGCCACAUAUGCGUAUAUGAAAGCUGCUUACCUCAGCAUGAUGAGUCGUGAGGAAUGCCAGCCGUUCGGGGAGAAUGAGGUGGCUUUGUUUAGGCAAGUUCCCAGUCUGAAGCAGAAAAUAGCUGGGAAGUCAUUGCCCACAGAGAAGUUUGCCAUCAGAAAAGCUCGACGCUAUAAUACAGAUAAUGCUAUUCCUCUUCCUGCACCUCCAUUGGAGAUGAUGUAUAUCUGGAAUGGCUACACUGUGAUUGGGAAGCACGAGGACCUUACAGAGGGCAUGCUGAAGACCCUGGAUGAGGCCCAGCAGACGCUUGAGCAACAUCCAAGGACCGAGUUCACCACAGAUGACCAGUGUGUGGUUAGUCUGCUUAAGGGGCUCUGUCUCAAACACUUGGGUUUCAAGGAAGAAGCUGAACAUUACUUCACCCUCGUCCUCUGCAAUGAGAGUCAGAUUAAAUAUGACCACUACCUGGUGCCCAAUGCACUUCUGGAACACGGUUUACUGUGUUUGGAGCAGGGCAGAAUAGAGGAGGCCAUCAAACUUCUGGAGACAGCCAAGCAAAAUUACAAAAACUACUCCAUGGAAUCACGGACUCACUUCCGGAUCCAGGCAGCACUACAUAAGGCACGAGGCACAGCUGUGAACGGAGACCACUGCUCAUCCUCCAGCCCUUAACAGUUGGGGUCAUCGCUGGGGUCACAGCAAGCCAAGAUCCGGCUUGACAUGGGUUGCCAUAUGUCAAGAGGAGGACUAAAAGAGCACAUGACUGAUCAGACCCGAGCUGAGCUUAUAGUGACUAAUCAUCUUCAUUGAAUGACACACACAGAGAUUAUACAGUACAUGGACAACAGCUGCAUGAAUGAUGUUGCGUGAGGUGCAGUGCAGUUCACUUAAGACACAGAAGUGACAUCAUGCUGUUAUGAUGUCAUAUAAAUAACAUUGUGCUGUUAGAAUAUUGUAAAUGUAACUUUAUGAUUAAUAAUAAUAAUAAUAAUAUAACCCUAGAUACAAGUUAUAUCAGUCCAAUAAUAUUAUACUGGUACUUCAGGCUAAAAACAUUGUCAUUCAGAACAAAAGUAAGGCCAUCUGUCAAUCAUAUUGGCUGCUUUCGAAGCUUUUGUUGGUAAUGCUCUCCACUGUUGGUCACCCUGUGACAUCAGCAGCCUAGAUGUGGCUGUGCCUUACAGCUAACUGUUUGAUUUGGAUUUAAAGCACAUGUGCACAAAUAUUAGUUCACUUUUAAUCUUUGGAGUAUAAAUGGGUUAUAAAAUAAGCCUAUUGUCCAGAGGUUAUAUGAUGAAUUGUUCAUGGGUUACUCUUUGGUUAGAGUACUGUGGCCUUGUCAAAUCUCAUGGACAGGAUUCCUGUUCUAAGCUUAAUUUUUAUCACAUAACAUUGUCUUUGUGUUUCUGUGUACAUAAUUAGUCUGUUUUAGCAAUGUGUUUAAAAAGAAAACAAGCAUCUUCAUAACAGCAAAUAAGGAAUGUAAACUAGAAGUUUUAUGGGUUUAGUGUUUUUUUUUUUUUUUUUAGUAUUUAUUCACUCUUGUGGCGCCUUUCAAAUUUGUCCCGUUUUAAGUGGGCAUCUGAAUGUGUCUUUUAGAAAGGCAGUCUCCUUCAUGUGGACUUGGUCCAGAUCGUACUUGAGCUCAAACAAACAAGUCUUUUAGAUACAUGCAGGACAGGCUGGCAUGCCAGCUCUAGCCAAAGUGAGGGAUGCACUGACAACCACUACAGACUUACACUACGAAGAGAAAGAAAAUUUGAGCUGGUUCAGGACAGGGGAUUGUACUUUGUUCAGUAUAUGAAUGCUACUUCAUGGAGCUUUUCCCUGUAGUAUGGAGUUCAACCAACUAAACACAGCUGCAGUGUAGUUUUCAAAUGCGGUGGUGUAUUUUCAGAUGUAGUUUUAAUCAGACUUUCAAGGCUUGUGUUUUAUAUUAAUUUAUCCCAGAUUAGUUGAAUAGUAUCCAUGGAUGUUUGUUCUUCUGCAGUGUAAUCUGAAUAGUGCCUGUUUUAUGAGAUCCAGUUCUACCAAAGUCAAAUUUACAUUAAGCAAAAACAAUCAUCAGCUCAUGCUGUAACCUUGUGUUUGCUCAGAAAUUUCACAGGCAAUGUGUUUCAUGCUGUGUGCUUCAAAUGUGGCAAAACAAAAUGUUUGAAAAUGAAUGAUAUAUGGGUUUUUCAUUGUUAUUGCUUUUGUUUCUCAUUGAAAUUCUUCCUGAUUUAGAUUGAUUUUACAGGCUUUGGGCUAUAGAGGUCAGCAAAUCCUGUAUAUGGUGGUGCAUGGCUACUGUGUAAACACAUUCCUGUAAAUACUGAACUUACAUUUUCUAAUUUAAAAUGAAAUGAUAUGAUAGCAUUCCAAAAGACACUUCUUUUGUUUUCCUUAUUUGAUCUAAGCGGCCUGGCUGCUUAAAGAUAUAGUC